AUGUCAUCAAUAAUUCAAAAUAAAAUUGCACCAUGGAAUUCCAUAUUAAAAUCUGUUAUAAUGAAAUAUAAAAUGGAAUCAUUUCGUAUUCCAUCGAUGCAGUUAUCAACUAUAAAUCAUAUAACUCAAAGACCUGCAAAUCGAAAUGUAAUAUUUCGAGGUUUCGUUGGAGGAAAUAAAGAUCAAGAUUUUGAUUUACUAGAUGAUAAAAAAUUACAAGAAUAUUUAAAAGAUUUAAUUCAAACAUCAUCAAUUAUAUUAAAUUCAAAAUUAGAAAAUGAUUUAUUGGUUAUUGCAACUGAUAUAAGAUCAAAUAAGGUUUUACAGUUAAAGAAUGAUCCUGGAUGUGAAUUGUGUUGGUGGUUUCCAGAAACUGGUGAUCAAUUUCGAUUAUCGGGGAAUGCAUAUAUUUUAUCAUCACCUUCAAACAAUAAUGAUGAUUUUCCAUUUUCAAUGCUUUCAUCUUACCUAAACUCUUAUUCUUCCAUUCCAUUCGAUUGGGAACAAGAACGCUUAAAAAUUUGGUGUAAUCUUUUACCAGAAAUUCGAUCAUCAUUUAUUAGACCUCCUCCAGGUAAAGAUAAAAAUGAAAAAGAAUUAAUUAAAAAUGCUUUAGAAAAUUUCGCUCUUGUCAUUUUUAAUAUUGAUUUUGUGGAUAGAGUUCAAUUGAAUAUUGAAAAAAGAACUACGUGGGAAUUCAGAGAGAAAGAGGGUAAUAAAUGGACCGAAGUGGAUGUUUAUCCGUGA